AUGCCGAAGCGCCGACGUACGAACGUAGACACUUACGAUUUCGAUACAUCAUUCGCUGCCGAAGUUGAAAGCAACGACUACGACGACGACGACGACGUCUCCAUACGAAGGAUCAAAGAGCGACGCAAGGUCGAGGCGUUCAAUGGGGACCCCUUCGCCUACCAGGAUUACAGCCCUAGGACGACGGUACUUCUCGAUACCGUGGAGGAGCAGUGGCGACAGUACGUGCUCGCGGAUUUCUUCUAUUAUAUUCUCAAACGCGAUCCGAAAGACUACUACGCAAAGAUGUCGCUCAGCCUUAUGUAUAAUUUCUUUAACUAG